AUGGAUACCAAUAAUGGGAUACUGAAUCAAGGUGAUUGGAGAUGUCAAUUGCACCCUGUAUCACGCCGGAAUUGUCAACAAAAUAACGGAACAUAUAAAAAAGCAUAUUCUCACAAGACUUUUACUGCUGCAACAAGCCAUUCUGAUUAUUUAAAGAGAAUAUCUUUGAGGAUGCUUGCAUGGGAGAUUAAAUGCCAGGCCAACAUUAUAACAUCGUCUUUGGAUAUGGAGACUGAAUCCCAGUGCACUAUGGCCAACACUAUAACACCGUCUUUGGAUAUGGAGACUGAAUCCCAGUGCACUAUGGCCAACACUAUAACACCAUCUUUGGAUAUGGAGGCUGAAUCCCAAUACACUAUGGCCAACACUAUAACACCGACUUUGGAUCUGGAGGCUGAAUCCCAGGGAACUAUGUCCAGCAAGGAGACUAAAUCCCAGGGCACUAUGGCCAACAAUAUGACAUCAAAUCAAGUCGGCCCUAUCAAUGAACCACUUGACCCAACCAAUGGGAGGCCGGAUCAAGAUGAUUGGAGAGGUAAAUUACAGCCUGGAACGCGUAUUGAACACAUUGAAAAGGUGUCUUGGUCUUCCCUUUUCUGUCUGAUUAAACUCCAGGGCUGCUCUUCGGCCAGUAAUAUGACAUGGAAUCAAAUAGGCCCUAGCAAUAAACCUCUUGAUCCAGGUGAUUGGAGAGGCACAUUGAAGCCUGGAGCGCGAGAAAGAAUUGUAAACAUAAUAAGGUACACAUUAAAAGAACAACUUCCUACUGUUUCGGGUCAAGAAGGAUCAGAUGAGUUUGGAAAUAUUGCGCAAAGAUGUACUGAAAACUAA